AUGGCUCCUAGAGAUCCCUUGUACCUCCACAAGGAAACUAGACUGAACCUCGAGCCCUCAUCGCCCGCGCUGGUUGUCGACCUGAAGCUGUCGGCUGGCAGCGCCAACGGAAGAGGUAUCAAGCGACCCAAUGGAGGAGACGAAGACGACAAGCUCUUCCGCAAGAAGAACUGCGCAACAGCCUCGUCGGUAUACCACAGAAAACACCAUGCCGAACCGAAAAGCUUUCUCUGGCGCGUCCUAGAUGGCAACACACUGCUGAGCAUCCGCUGUAUCGACGUUUGCAAGACCAAGAAAGCCCCAGACGCCAGCCUGGUCCUCAACUUACGAUUCUCGCAACCCAUACGACCCACAUGCCUGGCACUUUCUGAUCCACGCGAUCAUGAUGCCCUCAGUGUCUUCGUCAUUGACGAAUCGAACCAGCUCUACACCAUCGUCUUGAAGCCAGAGCAUUUCCGAAAGCGCUCGACUGCCGAGAUAGCGGACGCUUGCAAAAUUCAGACAAUACAGGCAUUAGGCUUCAAGGCGCCGCAUUGCUUGGUAGCUGCCGACGACAACUUGCUGGUAGUGACUACUCAUGAUGGCGGUAUCAUCAGAUUAGACAGGAGCAGGAAUCACGACGUAUCGCACCAAUCAUGGAAGGAAACACAAUUUGGCUCCAAAGGAUGGGGACAGAGCUUUCGCGGAUUUCUAAAGGGCAGCCACACAGUGAGGUAUGGCAAUAUUGACAUGGACUUGAAUGCUGCCGCAUCAGCAGCCACAACCGAUCUUGGUCAAUACGAUAGUUCCUUCCUCCUGACGGUCUGCUUGGACCACCGACUACGAAUUUGGAACCUCGAGAACGGCCACAUUUUCCAUACACAAGAUAUCCUCCAGGCGGAACGUCACCCCCAGGAGAUUGGAAAGUGGACCAUUGACCCGGCACAGAACAACCUCAUCAAGAUCGUUGGAGCGACCGAAGGAAAGCGCCUGUGUGUGACCUAUUCUCCAGUGGGUGCCGGGGAGUUCAAGUUCUGGAAGCUUGAGGCAGAUGCUGAGGAGGGUGGCAUAGCAGUCGAUUCCUACUUCAAGACUUCACAACUUAUUCCUCCUCCUCCGCCGGGCCCAGAUGUCUGGACAUUGGCAGAUUUUACGGUGGCCCAGAAUGGUCCCAAGGGUACACAGCUUUGGGUUAUGUGGAAGAACAACAUGACAUACCGGGUGCAGCACGUGUCAUUUCUACCCGAGGAGAUCGAUGAAGCAUGGCGCGACGGAUGGUCUGGUGUGUAUGCCGAGAAUUCACCCGUAGCAGCGCAAACAUCCAGCCCAUGCGACCCCACCGAUCCAGCCGAGAAGUGGUUGCAGCUUAUCCUCUACCCCGGCCGGUUCACCAAUGCUACGCUUGAGACCGCACUCACUAUGUACGAGCAAGGUCUUGGUUUGACGAGAGAUUCAGCGGCCCGGCAUAACAAGGGCCUUGCCGAAGCCAUCUGCUCUGUACUUGGAUCCACCCUGUCUCUCGAGCGUAGUUCGUCUGCGUCUGGUGGCAUGGAUUAUGACAGUUUUCGAAGCGCCAGCGAGCUGCAGUGGCGCCGCUUCUACAGGCUCAUUGAAUUGCUGGAUAAGCAACGAGGUGAAGCGCUCUCGCUAUCGUAUGAGCCUUCAUCUGGCCUCUCCUGGGUUGUAUGUGCAGACAGUCUGUCUUCACUCAGGGAGUGUAGCCGGCUGGAGCAAAUCUGCCACAAUCCGGCAACCCGUCACGAGGAACUCGAAAAUGUGUCCUUGCUUAUAUCUACCGGCCUCAACUUUGUGGAUGGCUUCUCGGACAGCAUGUUGGAGAUAUGCAAUUCGGUGUUGCGUUCGGAGCUAUUCGAGAAUUCAACCAAGACGGAGGACGAACGCAUCCAAUACUUUUCGGACAAGGCGGCCUUUUGGCGGCAGACAUCAGAUGAAGACUGCGCCCAGGUCACUGACGCUUUGGGCCCAAAUUUCUCUCUGAUCACUUUGGAUCUAUACCAAAGAACGGUCCAGUUGAUGAAGGCCACAGAAGAUUCACAACGAGAGCACAGAUAUCCCUUGACAGAUUUCGGACGGAAACUGGCUGUCAAGGCUAUUCAAGAGCUAGUCGAGCUCCAGUGGAACGUCUGCUUCAGCCAGCUCAUCCUGCUGGUCCACAUGGAGUUCGAGUUCGACACCCCAGAGGAAGCGCUUCACAACAGAUUAGACAUCGGUACUGUGUACAGAUAUCUGAUCAGCUGCCUCCAAAGACUGUCGCUUGUGCGAUGGCUGGUCAAGACGCAACUCCCACUCCCUCUGCAAAGCGUUGAAAAGCCAGAUUACGCGGCCGGCCUCUCACCAGCUGCCUCAAAACGCCACCCGGAAGAGACGCAGAUAAUAACGGCAUUUGAGGGCCUAGCUGGUCAUCUUUUGGGAACAGCCGCGAUUGACGCUAUGCCUGCUGCAUUGACAUCGAUCGCAACAAAUCUUCUUGCAGAGAACAGUGAUACAGCACUCCUUCCCCAAUACUUUCAAUGCGCUUUCCUCAUGUGGAAUAGACCUGAUUUGGCUGCCGAAAUCAGCCCCUACUCAGAGCAGGACCCGUUCUCAACAUAUGUGCAAGGACGAGUGCACCUCGGUUUGAAAGACUUCACCGCUGCAGCCAGUUAUUUCAAGAAGGCAGCAUAUGGUUUAAGUCGAGCGAUCAAGAAUCCUGACAAGCACAGCAGUGGUCUUCUCAAUGAUACUGAAUGGAGACUCUUCUACUGCGGCAUGCCACAAUACUAUGCUCACGUCAUUUCAUUAUUCGAGAAGGUACGGGCAUACUCAUUUGUGGUGGAAUUCGCCGGUCUUGCCCUUCAGUUUAUAAACCACACAACCAAAGAUGCCGCCUCAAUCAAGACCGAAAUACAGAGCCGACUCUUCAACGGAGCUGUCAACAUCUCACAUUUCGAUCUGGCGCACACGACACUGGUGGCCAUGACGAACCGCGCGCUGCAGCGAUCAUUACUCCGGACUCUUAUUGAGAAGAUGUGCGAUGGUCUCCAUACCGCCGAGCUUGUCGAGCUCCCAUUUCCAAACCUGGAGAAUUCAGUCGACGAUAUCCUGGCACAACGAUGCCGAGAUACUAUCGACAUCAUCACGGACAAGCCUUGGCACCAAAUUCUCUAUUCGUGGCGCAUCAAGCGCAAUGAUUACCGUGGUGCCGCAGCCAUCUUGCUUGAUCGCAUCAACAAGCUCCGGCAGCGACCUGAUGCCGACGAUGUGAUCAGUGACGAUGUCCUCGAUACUGUCGUCACAAGACAGUAUCUCAUGCUCAUCAACACACUGAGUUGUGUCGACGAGAAGCAAGCGUGGAUCACUACCGAAGGCGCCGACAAUAGUGAUAGCCUAAAGGCUUCAGUAUCCGGCUCGUUUGGCGGACUUGGAAAGAGAAAGGUUGUCACGCUUGCCGAUAUUCGACGUCAGUACCAGGGUGAGCUUGACCGCAUUUCGGCCAUCAGUGGUGAUCAAUGGCCAUUGGUCUCAAUGGACGGCGAGGAGAUGGAUCUUGAAGGUUGA